AUGGUCACCGCAGAUCUCCACUAUCUCUCUCCUGCUACUGAGAGCACGGAUCCGCUCCAGUGUUUCCCGAAAAGCUCCAUCCCGCACCAGAGUUUUACGGAGAGCUCCGCUCUGCCCCAGGACCUCCGGGGGAUUUCCACCCUACUCCAGACCCUGCACCAGGCCAUCCAAGAUGGUUCCGCUUCGCCCCAGGACCUCCAGGAGAUCUCCGCCCUGCUCCAGGACCUUCAGGAUGGCUCCACUCCGCCCCAGGGCCCCAGGGCCGCCCCAGGACCUCAGCUCCGCUGCAGGAAGCUAAAGGAAAAGGAGAAGUCCAGUAGAAAGAAAAAGAGAAGAGGGAGAACUAGACAGUUGGAUGUUAAAGGUUAUGGAGAGGAGAAGAUCAAGCAGAGUAAUCUUCACACUUUGUGCUGCUGGUGCUGUUGUGUCUCAGACAUGGAGUCCUGCAGGGUUCCUCACCAUGUCCUGCUUUCAUUCACCCUCAUCUUCAUCUUCAUCUCUAUACCAGUACCUGGAUCAGCUGAUAAUACUGUACUGGUGAAGUUAAAUCAGCCUGCAGUUCUGCCUUGUGUACGGAGAUGUUCUGGUGAAGCCAAAUGGAGUCUGUUUAGUAAUAAAGAUGUAGUGGCUCGGUGUGAUCAGACGUCCUGCAACUCAUCAGAUGGAUAUAAAAUGUCUCAUGAUCAGUACCUGAAAGGAGAUCUGACCCUCACCAUCACUGCAGCUGAUUACAGUAAGAGGAACAUCUACAUGUGUGUGUGUGAUGGUGAUGACAUUGAUGAUUUUCGUCUCAGAAUUAAGAUCAUAACAUCUUCACUUGAAAUAAAAACUGGUGAAGAUCUGCAGCUGGAGUUACACGUAUCAGAUAGAGUGGAGGUGACCUAUAGGAGUAAAGAUUCAGUAGAUGGUGAACAGAUCUGCAGUGUGGAGAGAAGAUCACUGACCUGUACAGAUAAAUACACACCGAGAACAUCACUCACUAACACACUUCUUACUCUGAGAGGAAUAAAUGUAGCUGAUGGAGGAGAUUACAGCGUCCAGGACUCAGUGAAUAAAGAAGAUCUUCAUAUUUACUCAGUAUCAGUGAGAGGUCACAGCUCAGGUGUUAUGAGGGCUUCCACAGUGUGGAUGAUUGUCCUGCUGCUGCUGCUUGUGGUUGGUGCAGUGUAAAAGAAUUCAGUUCCUCUAAAGGAACCCUGUAAGUAUCAGAACCAUGCAGCACUGUGACAUCAGACAUCACAUGACUGUUCUGUAAUCAGAAUCAAAUCCACAGCACAUCCUCCUGAUUAGACUCCACUCAGACACUGCAUGGACACUUCCACCAGAGAAACAUCAUCAUCUAUAAAUAACAGAAUAUUUCCACAUGUUCUUCAGUGAUGUCUCUGAGAUGCUGUACUACUGAUCACCGAGACGAGGAAAUGUACAAAAUCUGUUUGGUGUCUAAUAAUGUACAAUCUUACUGGCACCUUCACUAUCACUCAAUGCAUGUGUAUUAGGAGUCUUUCAUCUUUCUGAAAUGUGGUGUAUGUUUCAUGAACUAUGUAGUGUUCUAUCUCUUGUCCUGUAUGUUUCUGUGUCUGUGUUUGUCUCUGUUAUUAACUCAUACAGCUGCAUGUGAUCCUUCAUCCUGGGCAAAUGUCUGAUGAAUAUGUUUAUGUUCAUUAUAUUUCAUCUGUCUUGAUAUAUUGCAAUAUUGUACCUUGUACAGCGUCCUUGAGCUUGGGAAAGGCGCUAUAUAAAUUAAACUUAUUAUUAUUAUUAUUAUUAUUAUUAUUAAGAACAAAUCAUCAUCUGAAAAUCACCACAGCAUCAGGACAACACUCGAGUGUCUUACUUGUUCCGUCCUAAACGAGAAGUGAAAUCCAGAUGUUGAUCAGACCCCAUGCAGUCCACAGAUACAAUCAAAGUGUACAUGUCCAUACAUGAAGUUCUGUGUAAUAGACAUGUUUGGUUUGAUUUAUCUGCAUCUGUGGACUGCAUGAGCUGUUAAAAACAUCUGGUAAAAUGAUUGUCAGUAGCACAUUUAGAAAUAUCAUUACUGUUGAAUCCUUACAGGCUGUUCCCCGCUGUGUGUCUGUCGAUGGGUCACUUAUCAGUGACAUUUACAGAUACAUGUCAAAUAAAUGAUCAUUUUAAACCCA